CUUUUCCCUUUCUGUUCUGUGUCACCUUCACUCACACUCUUUUCUUUUUUGCACACUUACACCUGCACACCUCAGUCUUAUUCUCACUCUCAUCUUUUUACUCUUUUCUUUACUUUUCCUUCCUCUCCCUUUUCUCUUUCUCAUAACCACUUUCUUCUUUUUCUUUUUCUUCUUUUUCUUUUUUCUUCUUCUUCUUCUUCUCUCUCCUUUUGCUCAUUCCUCUCAUUCACUUCAUUCUCCAUUCCAUCCUCUCCACUUCGCCUCCCUUGGAAUCAUUAAAAACAUUGACAGAAAUAUAAACAAAACGUUUUUUUUUUUUUAUUCCUGUGCUACUUACUUUACAAAGUUCCUUUUAGUUAAAACGCACCCCAAAAUUUAUCCUGUCUUCUGAAUCAUGACCUCACCCAAGGUGGCCAUGGCCGCCAUGUCUUUCUCACAUACCCCUACCUCUUCUAGCAGACACGUCUCUUUCCAACACACUCACUCCCGUCAUCUGCCUCUUCCUCCUCCGGCUGCUACCAUGGCUUCCACAUCCUCUUCCUUUCACUCGGCAUCAUCGACCCAUUCUCAAUCCUCAUCUCCCCCUCCUUCUGCAUCCUCCAAUUCUCCCCCUCAUUCUCCCCAUUCCCCCGUUGUACCCGCCCUUCUCUCACGCGUGUAUCCAGACUCUCACAGAACCCAUCAUUAUCAUUCAUCUCGUUGGCAAGGAGAAAAAAGACGUCCUUAUCCUCUCCCAGCUUACUAUGAUCAACCUCAUCAUCAUCAUCGCCCUCAUCCUCAUCCUCAUCAGCACCACCAACAACACCAUCAGCAACACCAUUCAUCUGAUCGCUAUUACCCUCAAUCUCAUCAUCAUUACGAUCAACAGGAAGAAGACCCUAGAUAUCGUCAACAUCCUUCCUCCCAUCCAUAUGGGGAUCGAUAUGACCAUGAACAACCCAUCAAGUUCGGCGGCAACAACAAUAACAGUUCCAGGGUCUUUUCUAAUAGCCAUAUCAUCAACAACACCAAUAACACCAGCAACAGCAACAGCAACAACAUCACCAAGAAUAGCACCUUAUCACCAGUUCCCUCAUUCACCUCCUCCUCACCUUCCUCAACCGUUUCUCAUUAUUCCUCGCCUUCACCUAAAUCUCAAACGAUCUCCCUCCCCCCCUUCGAUCGACCCACAAAGAAAUCCCGAUCUGAACCAGAUCCUUCUUUACCUUUGCCCAGAUUGCAGAUGAGACAGGAACCCAUGGAGGGAACAGAAACCAAAUCAGAGAUUGAACAUGUCUUGCCCUCUCCAUCUCGUUCCCCCUCCCCUUCCUCCUCUUUAUCUUCAUCUUCAUCUUCAUCUUCUUCCCCAUCUUCACCCCCAUCUUCAUCCUCUCCACCGGCUUCAGGCCCACUUGGAUCAACAGAUUUUGGAUCUCGAUCUGAUUCUAUGCCAUCCUCUUCAUCAUCUUCUUCAUCUUCUUCCUCUUCUUCCUCUUCAUCCUCAAAGACUUUUGAGGCUGCUGCUUCUACUGCUGCUAAUGGUACUACUGCUACAAGUACUACUACUGCUACUAUUACAAGUACGGUCGGUCCAUCCACAGCCACGAACGCACCCACCAUAGUACCAACCCCGACGAUCACUAUUCCUGGUGUUGGAUCAGAUCCUCCCGUGCUCCCGUACACAUGCUCGAUCGGCAACUGUACAAAAUCCUAUUCCACUCACCAGGGUCUUCGACGACACAUUCGUGAUCACAAGGACACAGAUCAGGGUGAACGUUUCCCCUGUACCAUCCCCGGUUGUCGCGUCAGUCUGAGGACCAAGCAGAGCCAGGCUGCGCAUGUGAGGUUAUGUAAACAAAAGAGGGCAGGAGCACUCCAUCCAUGCCCCGAACCUGGUUGUGGAGCAGCCUAUGGCUCGACCGAGAACCUGUCCAGACAUCGACUGAAGCAUCAACGAGGCCUUGUCGGAGUAAAGUACCCAUGUACCUGGGCCGGCUGUGACAAGAUCUUGGCGACGCCCAAGAGUCUGAAGGAUCAUUUACAGAUCCAUGCAGAAAGGGAUGCAGGGAUCAAAUUGUAUUGCCCCGUAGAGGGUUGUAAUAAGGUCUUUGGGACCAACCGAUGUUUACGAGCUCAUGAGCUUCGGUGUAAACAGGUCAAAUCUGGCGAACGAUUGCCCUGUCCGAUUCAAGGAUGCAAGGCCACGUUCGGGAGCACGGAUUAUGUUCGACGACAUGUACUCGAUCAUGAGAAGGGCCUGAUCGGGAUGGAGUUCCGAUGUGAUUUCGCAGACUGUAAGGCGGUCCUGGCCAAUCCGUUGACGCUCCAACGACAUAAGCAGCUGCAUGAGGAACAAUCCCUGGGCUUUGAGUGGAAGUGUUUGAUUCCGGAAUGUGGCAAGGUAUACUCGGGAAGCAAGCAACUGACGGAUCAUCAGACCAGGAUCCACAAGGAUCUAGGCGCAGACUAUCGGUUCCUCUGUCCAUACAAACAUUGUGAUCAACAAUUUGAGUGCCAGCGCUCUGCCUACAAGCACGACUGUCUGUACCGCAAGAAACAAUGCCCUAUUGAAGGUUGUCCAUGUUUGUUGCCCAACGCCGAGGCCCUGGAGGCCCAUCUGUGGAUGCAUAAUACACUCAAGACUAGACCACCCUAUCCAUGCUUUGAAGAAGGUUGCUCUAAGGUUUAUGAUACAAAAAACGGUAUCUUGGCU